AUGUACGGCACUGGCACAGGCCCUCAAACGGGCAUUUCCACGCCCAGAUCCAGCGCCUCCCUCCGACCUUUGACCCUCAUCCACGGUAGUCUCGAAACAUCGUUUCUCGUUCCCACCAGCCUUCACUUCCACGCCUCCCAGAUCAAAGACCGCUUUGUGGCUAGCUUGCCCACGGCUACAGACGAGCUUGCUCAAGAUGACGAGCCAUCAUCCGUUGCUGAGCUGGUAGCUCGAUAUCUCGGCUUCGUCGCCAAAGAGGUUGAGGACGGUGAGGACGAUGCUCAGGGUUCAUACGAGGAGGUCUUGAAGCUGGUUCUUAAUGAAUUUGAGCGAGCAUUUCUCCGCGGCAAUGAGGUCCACGCCAUUGCUGCUGCCCUCCCGGGCAUUGAAAUGAAGAAACUCGAAGUUAUCCGCUCCUACUACAUGGCUCGCGCCGUCUCUAACAGAACCAUCAAGCCUCACGAGUCUGCUCUAUUUCGAGCCGCUGGCGACGGUUCUGCCGAUAUCUAUACCAUAUUUGGUGGACAGGGCAACAUCGAGGAGUAUUUUGACGAGCUCCGUCAAGUUUUCCAGACCUACUCUAGCUUUAUCGGCGAACUCGUCACAUCGGCCGCUGAGCAGCUGAGGACGCUGUCCACCAAUCCUAGCGCAGAGAAGAUGUUCCCCAAGGGCUUGGACAUCAUGAACUGGUUACAGCAUCCCGACUCAACUCCCGAUGUUGAGUAUCUGAUUUCCGCUCCCGUUAGUUUUCCCUUGAUUGGUCUUGUCCAGAUGGCCCAUUAUGAGGUCACCUGCAAGACUCUAGGUGUACACCCUGGUAUGCUUCGUGAGCGCAUCAGUGGCAGCACCGGCCAUUCUCAAGGCAUUGUCAUGGCCGCCGCAACCUCUGCUGCCGAUGAUUGGGAAUCAUGGCGCGAGAUUGUCAGCUCAACGCUCUCUAUUCUGUUCUGGGUUGGUACAAGGAGUCAGCAGGCUUUCCCUACAACCUCUAUGACACCUACCAUGCUUCGCGAAUCCAUUGAGCACGGUGAGGGUAACCCAACCCCCAUGUUGAGUAUCCGAGAUCUCUCCCAGCAGGAGGUUCAGAAGCAUAUCGAUGCAACAAAUCAAUACCUUCCUCCACACCGACAUAUCAAUAUCUCACUUAUCAACAGCCCUCGCAACCUGGUUGUAACUGGUCCACCUACCUCUCUUUAUGGUCUCAACUCUCGGUUACGAAAGGUCAAGGCUCCCACUGGCUUAGAUCAGACUCGUGUUCCUUACACCGACCGUAAGGUCCGCUUUGUGAAUCGUUUUUUGCCCAUUACCGCACCUUUCCACAGCAAAUACCUUGCUGAGGCUACCGAGAUGAUUGAUGCCGAUCUCAAGAAUAUUUCUAUCGAUGCUGAAGAUCUUGGCAUCCCCGUUUUCGAUACCAACACAGGCAAGGACCUUCGAACUGAAGUUAAGGGCAACAUUGUUCCUGCCCUCGUGCGAUUGAUCACCCGUGACCCUGUGAACUGGGAGAAGGCUACCAUCUUCCCUGAUGCUACCCAUAUCCUUGAUUUUGGCCCUGGAGGCGUUUCCGGUCUUGGUACCUUGACCAGCCGAAACAAGGAGGGCACUGGUGUUCGCGUCAUCCUCGCUGGUACCAUUGAGGGGACCAUGAACGAGGUUGGCUACAAGCCCGAGAUCUUUGAUAGAGACGAAGAGAAUGCGCUGCGAUAUGCCAUUGACUGGGUGAAGGAGUUCGGGCCUCGUUUGGUCAAGACUUCUGGCGGCCGCAAGUAUCUCGAUACCAAGAUGAGCCGUUUGCUGGGAUUGGCUCCUAUUGUCGUCGCUGGCAUGACGCCUUGCACUGUUCCUUGGGACUUUGUUGCUGCUACUAUGAACGCUGGUUACCACAUUGAACUUGCUGGUGGUGGCUACUUCAUGCCUGGCAUGAUGACCGACGCCUUGCUUAAGAUUGAAAAGGCAAUCCCUUCUGGGCGUGGUAUUACUGUCAACUUGAUCUAUGUCAAUCCCCGCGCUAUGGCUUGGCAGAUUCCUUUGCUUGGUAAGCUUCGAGCCGAGGGAGUGCCUAUCGAGGGAUUAACUAUUGGUGCCGGUGUUCCUUCCAUUGAGGUUGCUCAGGAGUAUAUUGAGACUCUUGGGCUUAAGCACAUUGGCUUCAAGCCCGGCUCUGUUGAGGCUAUUCAAGCCGUCGUUAACAUUGCCAAGGCUAACCCCAACUUCCCCGUUCUGUUACAGUGGACUGGGGGCCGUGGCGGCGGCCACCACUCCUUCGAGGAUUUCCAUCAGCCUAUCCUACAAAUGUACGGUCGCAUUCGUCGCCAGGAAAAUAUUAUUUUGGUCGCUGGUAGCGGUUUUGGUGGCGCGGAGGACACCUAUCCCUACAUCACCGGCGACUGGGCUAAGAAAUAUGGUUACCCUCCUAUGCCCUUCGAUGGUUGCUUGUUUGGCAGUCGCAUGAUGGUUGCCAAGGAAGCCCAUACCAGCAAGGAUGCCAAACAAGCAAUUAUCGACGCCCCUGGUUUGGACGACAGUGAGUGGGAGAAGACCUACAAGGGUCCUGCUGGCGGUGUCAUCACAGUCCGUUCCGAAAUGGGUGAGCCCAUCCACAAGUUGGCCACCCGCGGCGUUCGUUUCUGGGCCGAGAUGGACCAGAAGAUCUUUAGCUUGCCCAAGGAGAAGCGUGUUGCUGAGCUCAAGAAGAACCGUGACUACAUUAUUAAGCGCCUAAACGAUGAUUUCCAGAAGGUUUGGUUCGGCUGCAACAAGCAAGGCAAGGCCUGUGACCUGGAGGACAUGACUUAUGGUGAGGUUGUUCGCCGAAUGGUUGAGCUUCUCUACGUCAAAGACCAGAAGCGUUGGAUCGACCCUACCUAUGUCAAAUUGACUGGUGAUUUCAUUCACCGCGUCGAAGAGCGUUUCACCAGCACUGCUGGGAAAGCGUCUCUUCUUCAGAAUUACGCCGACCUCAAUGAGCCCUUUUCGACCGUGGAGCGUAUUCUCUCUCACUACCCCGAAGCCGAGACGCAGAUCAUUAAUGCUCAGGAUGUUCAGCACUUCUUGAUGCUCUGCCUGCAACCCACUCAAAAGCCCGUCACCUUCAUUCCCUCUCUUGACGACAACUUUGAGUUCUUUUUCAAGAAGGACUCCCUUUGGCAGUCCGAAGAUUUGGAUGCCGUGAUUGGUCAGGAUGUUGGCCGAACAUGUGUUCUCCAGGGUCCUGCUGCCGUCAAGUAUUCAACCGUCGUCGACGAGCCUAUCAAAGAUAUUCUGGAUGGCAUUCACGAGUCACACAUCAAGAUGCUUACUCGGGACAUGUACAAUAAUGAUGAGGGCUCCAUUCCUUUUGUCGAAUAUUUCGGUGGCAAGUUGGUCGAAUCUGAGAUUCCUCUAGAUGUUGAGGGUCUUACUGUUGCCUACGACACUCAUAAAAACACCUAUCGCUUGUCUUUUGCGGCUAGUGCUUCGCUUCCUUCCCUGGAGUCUUGGUUGGCUUUGCUUGCCGGUCCCAAUCGCAACUGGCGCCAUGCUCUCCUCAUGUCGGAUGUUGUCGUUCAGGGCCAGAAGUUCCAGACCAACCCGCUGAAACGCAUUUUUGCUCCUACUCGUGGCCUGUUUGUUGAAAUCCAGUAUCCUAACGACCCUUCCAAGACCACCAUUAUUGUCCGAGAACAGCCUCGACACAACCAAUACGUCGAUGUCAUCGAGGUAAAACUCGUCGGCAAGAAUGAAAUUCUCGUCAACUUAAUCAAGGAUACCACUGCUCUUGGCAGGCCUGUUGCUAUGCCUCUCAAGUUUACCUAUAACCCUGAGGCUGGCUACGCUCCGAUUCGCGAAGUAAUGACGGAUCGCAACGACCGUAUCAAGGAGUUCUACUGGAAGGCAUGGUUCGGCGAGGAGCCCUUGAAUCUGGAUGCCCUUAUUACCAGCACAUUCGAUGGUGGCCGCACCACCAUUACCAGUGAGGCCAUUAACGACUUUGUCCACGCCGUUGGCAACACUGGUGAGGCUUUUGUCGAUAGACCUGGAAAGAUUGUUAAUGCUCCUAUGGACUUCGCAAUCGUGGUUGGGUGGAAGGCAAUUACCAAGCCCAUCUUCCCCCGCACUAUCGAUGGUGACUUGCUUAAGUUGGUUCACUUGUCCAACCAGUUCCGUAUGAUCCCUGGUGCCGAGCCUCUCAAAAAGGGUGACGAAGUUGCCACCACUGCACAGGUUAACGCAGUUAUCAACCAGGAGGCCGGCAAGAUGGUUGAAGUCUGUGGUACUAUUUCUCGUGACGGCAAACCUGUCAUGGAAGUAACGUCACAGUUCCUGUACCGUGGCAAGUACUCCGACUACGAGAACACUUUCCAGCGCAAGAUUGAAACGCCUGUGCAAGUCCACCUGGCUACUACUAAAGAUGUUGCUGUCCUUCGCUCCAAGCAGUGGUUCAACAGUGAUGAACUCCCUAGUGACAUUGAUCUGCUUGGCCAGACCUUGACUUUCAAGCUUCAGUCGCUUGUCAGGUACAAAAACAAGAACGUCUUCAGCAGCGCUGAGACUCGAGGCCAGGUUCUCUUGGAGCUCCCCACCAAGGAAGUUAUCCAGGUUGCCAGCGUUGACUAUGAAGCUGGCGAGUCUCACGGUAACCCCGUCAUGGACUACCUGGAACGUCAUGGUUCUCCUCUGGACCAGCCCAUUCUUUUCGAGAAUUCUAUUCCUCUCAGUGGCAAGACUCCUCUGCAACUGCGUGCCCCUUCUUCCAACGAGACGUACGCUCGUGUCUCUGGAGAUUACAACCCCAUCCACGUUUCUCGUGUCUUUUCCACCUACGCCAACCUGCCAGGCACCAUUACCCACGGCAUGUAUUCUAGUGCAGCCGUGCGAAGCCUAGUUGAGACCUGGGCAGCCGAGAACGAUAUUGGCCGUGUCCGGAGUUUCCAAGCCACAUUUGCCGGGAUGGUUCUGCCCAAUGAUGACAUUCAGGUGAAGCUGCAGCAUGUUGGUAUGGUUGCCGGCCGCAAGAUCAUUAAGGUCGAGGUUAGCAAUACUGAGAGUGAGGAGAAGGUCUUGCUGGGUGAGGCCGAAGUCGAACAGCCUGUAACAGCCUACGUCUUCACAGGCCAAGGCUCACAGGAGCAGGGUAUGGGUAUGGAACUCUAUGGUAGCAGUCCUGUCGCCAAGGAGGUUUGGGAUCGGGCUGACAAGUACCUCCUCGACAAUUAUGGCUUCUCCAUCACGAAUAUCGUCAAGAAUAACCCCAAGGAACUUACCAUUCACUUCGGUGGUCCACGAGGCAAGGCUAUCCGCCAGAACUACAUGGCCAUGACUUUUGAGACAGUUGCCGCAGAUGGCUCUAUCAAGUCUGAGCGGAUUUUCAAGGAGAUUGAUGAAAGCACGACUUCAUAUACUUAUCGAUCACCUACUGGUCUCCUAUCAGCUACCCAAUUUACGCAGCCUGCGCUGACGUUGAUGGAGAAGGCUAGCUUCGAAGAUAUGAAGUCCAAGGGCCUCGUGCCUCGUGACAGCACCUUUGCUGGUCACUCUCUGGGUGAAUAUUCUGCCCUUGCUGCCUUGGCAGACGUCAUGCCUAUUGAGUCCUUGGUUUCUGUCGUUUUCUAUCGCGGCUUGACCAUGCAAGUGGCUGUGGAGCGUGACGCUGCUGGCCGAUCCAAUUACUCUAUGUGUGCUGUCAAUCCCAGCCGUAUCUCCAAGACGUUUAAUGAAGAGGCUCUGCAGUUCGUUGUCAACAACAUUGCCGAGGAGACGGGUUGGCUACUAGAAAUUGUCAACUACAACAUUGCCAACAUGCAGUACGUUUGUGCUGGUGACUUGCGUGCCCUGGACACACUCGCCGGGGUAACAAACUUUCUCAAGAUGCAGCAAAUCGAUAUUGAGCAAAUGCGAAGCAACAUCGAGGAAGCCAAGGAUGCUCUUCGCAAGAUCAUUCGCGGAUGCGCCGAGGCGACUCUGAAGAAGCCUCUUCCGCUGGAGUUGGAGCGUGGAUUUGCCACAAUCCCUCUACGCGGGAUCGAUGUUCCUUUCCACUCUACCUUUUUGCGAUCGGGCGUCAAGCCUUUCCGUUCAUUCCUGCUCAAGAAGAUCAACAAGACGACGAUUGAUCCUUCGAAGCUGGUUGGAAAGUACAUUCCCAACGUUACCGCCAAGCCCUUUGAGCUCACCAAGGAGUACUUUGAAGAUGUCUACAAGCUGACCAACUCACCCAAGAUUGGUGCUGUGUUGGCCAAUUGGGACAAGUACACGCAAGAGGACGAGAGCAAGGCUGUUAGCGACAGCUCAUCAAGCGUGGGCUACGACGGGCCUGGUGCCGCGGCCUAA